AUGGUUGUACUCGAUUUAAUGUUGUCAGGAUACAGAUCUUGUGGUAAAAGAUUUUCUGAUCUAAGGAGUGACAGUGCGAGCCUAUUUCGUCGCAUCGUGGGAGGUACCCAGAGUGCACAGGGCGCAUGGCCCUGGCAAGUUGCUUUGCUCUUCAAUCAGUCACAGUUCUGUGGAGGCUCCCUCAUCUCUCCUCACUGGGUCGUAUCGGCUACUCAUUGUUUCCACGAUUCAUAUACCUCUACAAAGCCAUCAGACUGGAAAGCGGUCCUAGGUGAACAUCAUUUGGUUGACAAAGAAGUAUUUGAGCAGAGCAGGGACAUUGAAGCGAUUUAUCUUCAUCCAAAAUACAAGUCAAUGUUCCUUGAAGGAAUUUACGAUACGCCACCCGAUUAUGAUGUGGCCCUACUUCGUCUGUCAGAGCCUGCCAUCUAUGACCACUUCGUUUCUCCGAUUUGCCUCCUUCGUCCGACGAUGAAAUUCCCCUGGGGAAAAGAAUGUUAUGUGACUGGUUGGGGCCACACCCAAUGGAAUAGCGCACAACCUGACAUUCUGCGCGAGGCCAAGGUACGCCUGGUCCCACCGAAAAUUUGCAAUAGCGCCAAAUCCUACAAUGGAACCGUUCAUAGCAGGGCUCUUUGCGCUGGAUUCGAGAAAGGAGGUGUCGAUGCUUGUCAGUACGACAGUGGAGGUCCUCUAGCAUGCAAGCACCGCGGGCGCUUUUAUCUUACAGGAAUAGUUUCCUGGGGUCAUGAAUGCGCACGGCCGCACAAAUAUGGUGUGUACGCUAACAUGUUUAUAGUCACCAAGUGGGUGGAGGAAGUGAUAGGCAAUUAUGGCUUCGUAGAGAUCUAGAUUGUUUCAUGAUCUUAAGAUCCAAAUUACUCCCGUAACGAUGAAAAAUUCUCCGAAAACUUAUUUUAAUCAAAUCUGGCAGGAAUCACCGUACCUUUACUCCUAUAUCAGCAUUUUUUUAACUCAGUUAUUUUUUCGAUUUGCUUCAUUAAUCUUUUGUAUAAUUAUGCUUAAAAGGAACAUUUAAGACGAAUGACCUGUUAUCACCUUGUCAUGGAAAAAAGUAUCAGUUUCUUCAACGCUGAUCGACUGUCUUAGCGUUAAUUUAUUUUUUCCCCUUCCGUAAGAAUUAUUCAUCAACCAUUGAUUAAGUUUUAUGGAUUUUUACCAAUGACGUUUGCUAGCG